AUGGCCAAGAGUUCCUUUAAGAUGGAACACCCUCUCGAAAGGAGGCAGGCAGAAGCUGCUCGGAUCCGUGAAAAGUACCCAGACAGAAUACCAGUGAUUGUUGAAAGGGCUGAAAAGAGUGAUGUGCCUGACAUCGAUAAGAAAAAAUAUCUUGUUCCUGCUGAUUUGACUGUUGGCCAGUUUGUGUAUGUGGUUCGGAAAAGAAUCAAGCUAAGUCCUGAGAAGGCUAUUUUCAUUUUUGUCAAGAACAUUCUACCACCCACUGCGGCUAUGAUGUCUGCAAUUUAUGAGGAAAAUAAGGAAGAAGAUGGUUUCCUCUAUAUGACCUACAGUGGCGAGAAUACCUUUGGGAUGUGCUGAAACGUGAUUAAUAUGCAUCAAUGUGAAUAGGACUAAAAAAAUAACAAAGGAUGGAGUUAUAUUAAAUGUAAAUUCUCUGCAGUAUGUUAGUUUAAUGUUCAUGGAUCAAUGAUCAUUUAUAUCAGUUUGAUGACUGUUCAGUUGGAUGUUAUUUUCAAAAUGACCUGGAUCGAUGACUUGUUCAUAUUAAUUGGACCACUGUUUAGCCUGAUCUCCCCUUUUUAAGUUCUCCACGAUUUGGAUUGGUGAUUACUUAUAUAUUACUCUUAACCUCUUUUGUGAUUGGUCUGAACGAGUAAUUUACGCAAAUGAAAUGUUUGUACAGCUUUAUGGAUGUGUGCGCGCUGCUCUGUGCUGUCUAGAAUUCUAUUCUGCAUCCGUUUUAGCAUCAACAUGAAGAGUUACAAUAAUUUUGUAGAAAUCUCUUACCUAUCAUGCAUGCAGUGU